AUGGAUAGAUUAACACGGAGUAGGAGCUUGGUGUCAGAAUCACGACCCUUCAAGAUCGCCAAAGCAAUGGCCCCGCAAGUUCCAUCGGAGCCUAGGUUCGAGCCUUGUGCGGCAACGGCGUCGCUGUUUCUAUAUGCGCAGGAUACCACCAUCCUGUGCCUUCACCAUGACACGCUUGCGGUUGAACGUCGGUUCAGUAGCCACCAGGAAAAUAUCGAAUUUAUUUCAGUGGACAAUGUGAGCGAGCGCGGUGCGGGUCGGCUGGUGGUCAGCUAUGAUGUAGGCCAGACAGCAAUUGUAUGGGAUAUUUUCACGGGCACAGAGAUUGCAAGAUUUGCAUCGUUUGAGCACCUGCGAGUCGCAUCAUGGAUGCGCAACGGGAAUGUCGCAUUUGGGAACGGCAAAGGUGAAGUUAUCCUGUUCGAGCCCUCAACCUCGGAACACAUUUCCGCUCGAACCAUCUUCGAUCCCAUUACUUCUCUUGCUCCGGCUAUGGAUUGUCGGACCUAUGCCAUUGGUUAUCAAAAUGGAUCGAUUCUUAUCGCAACCCUCCUUCCUCAAUUCACCAUCCUCCAUACCUUGACCACUUCGCGUGAACCCUCGCCAAUCAUUUCGCUUGCCUGGCAUGCCUCUUCAUCGAAACAGAAAUCAGACAUGUUGGCAACCCAGGCCUCAAAUGGGGAUCUGAGAGUCUGGAGUGUAUCAAAACCACCAGGGAAAGAGGCUCCCAGAGUGAUUCGUGUAUUAAAACGAUCUGAUUCUACCUCAGCGGAUCCGAAGUGGAUGGGAUGGUCCAAAAAUGGCAAAAUUGUGCAAUACCUUGAAGGAGAAACAUGGGCUUGGGAUGUUCGAACAAAGCAUGUGACCUACGAGCCAAUUCCUACAUUGGAGGGAGUGCGAGGAUUGGCAAACCAUGGUGCCACUGCGACGCUAUUUACCAUUGGUCCCAAUAAUACAGUUCAGCAGUACGAUGUUGACAACCCAGCAAUGGUGGCCAACGUGCAACAUGUUCCAGUCAUUCCUCGUUCGGUCACAUCCGAGGGCCAACGAUCAAAGACAAUGUCUCCACGGCGCCUGCAGGAUCCCCCAGAGCUUCGAGAGCCACCAAAUUCUCGACGAACACCAUUUGAUUCAAACGGACUCGACAACCUGAGGCAACAAAGGGCGGAUCUGAUUAGCCCUGCCUCAUCAAGAAGCCGGACGGAAUCUGUUAGCUCCAAGGCUUCAUCUGGGAAGUAUAACAGAGCUGAUGCAUUUUCACCGCCAAGCCGAUCAGGACAGACGUCAACAACUUUUUCGAUGACAUCGGCUGGACGCGAUACGCCACAGCCAUCAGCCGGUUUUCCGUAUGCUUCAUCAGUCUCGAUGUCGUCAGUGAAGAGCUCUCGUGCUGGAUCUAGAUUGCGAAAUGAGGUGCAAAUGAGUCCUGCUGAGAGAAAUAUUGUUGAUCUUUUCCCAUUCAUGCGAGCGCGUCUGAAUGAUGUACCCUACAAGUCGCAGCCGCCUUUUGAUGAGAACCAUCUAACCCCUGACGAUCUGCGACAACAAAUGCUUAGCGUGGUUUUUGGCUGGGAAGGAGAUAUUUCAGAUUUGAUCAGAGAUGAGUGGAGUCGCCAUGCACCUGGAAGUCAAAGUGCAAUCCUUUUGGCACAAUGGCUUGGAGAGACCGACACAGAUCAGAUGGCUGAAAUGAUCAGCGCUGGACCAACGACUACUUCAGACUGGAUGCUUUUGGCCCUGAGUCAAAUGACCGGACAGACACAGGCAAACAAAGUUGGACAGAGCUUUGUACAAAAGCUACUGGAGAUUGGGGAUAUUCAUACUGCAGCUUCCAUUCUUCUGGGCUUGGGCGACAGCAAUGAUGCCAUCGAGGUCUAUGUCUCGCGCAAUCACUUCAUGGAGGCCAUUCUCAUGACUUGUCUCUUGAUGCCAUCAGACUGGCAACGCCAAUCAUAUCUCGUAAGAAGAUGGGGAGAAUAUGUGGUUUCGCAUUCCCAACAACAACUUGCUAUUCGCUGUUUCAUGUGCACCGGUGCUGAGCCUACUGAGCCGUGGACUUCGCCAGCUGCUCAGCAGGCGGCCUCUUUCGCCGAGAUUAUUCGAGGAAAAUCGCCAUUAGCCUCGCCUGAACCUAUGCAGUCUAUGCAAUCUAUGCAACCAAGCGCGCCUCCGUCACGACCAAAGUCGGCAUCUAACCAACGAUCUGCGGGAAAAACUCCUGCGUUGAAACUAAUCACAUCUUUCGACGCGCAGCCCAACAAUCGGUUCCGAUUCCCUGGAUUGAAGUCCGAUGACCGAACACCCACAAACGCACCUGGUGUCACCCCUAUCGCAGAGUCUGCUGUAGCUGACUCGGCUCUAUCUCCAGGUGGACUGGGUUCCUGGAAGCUUAACAACAUUCAGAGUUUGAACCAAGCAAUGACAUCCCGGACUAACACACCUGCAUUCAACCGGCGCCGUCUUCCUUCAAUCGGCGAGACCCCUGUAGAUGUGCAUCCCCCAACGUUCUCUCGGGCUCGUUCCUACAAUACUGGUAGUGCCUAUGGCUCGACUUCGGAGGCCGAAGAGACCAGCGGCCAGGAGCAGAGUCAAGACGAAUCCGGUGAUCUGUUACUCUCAGCAACAAAAUAUACACCAGGCCAGGAUUCAAUAAAGCCAAGCCCCCAGACUGCCGUUCAAGGGUCGGACAAGUUCGCAUCCAUCAAGGGCCUUCCAUCACCCGCAGCAGGGGUCUUCGAGGCUCUGAAAGACCACUCCGAUAUCCGAAACGGCUCUCGUGAUAGAAAGCCAGCCGGGCUUGAGAUUGAACUCGUUCAUGCUGAGGAGGUCGCCAGCCCACGUAACCAUUCUGGCUUACUUCACAGUGCAAAGAGUACCUCAACGGUGCAUAGCUACAAUUCCGCCAAGAGUCCGAGUGUGAGUAGUCGUAGCAUUGACCAGUACAUCAGCAGCCUGGACGAAGCCAACUACCACGCAAAAGGUUACCGCAGCCAGCGCUCUGGACGAGCAAGAAGAAAUACCGAUGAAACUGGUGGUCAAAACCCGCGUGAGGCAUCCCAGGAGACUCGUGGCCGGAACGAGCGCCGAUAUAUCCAGCCUGCGAAACGAUCGCCUUCAUCCCCAGUGCCAAUGUCACCCGAUGAGCUCGCACGUUAUCAUAUCGGGGAAACGGAGAAACGAGACGAAACACGAAAGAAAUCUCACUCACGUGCUCGAAGCAGCAGCAGGAUGAGAAAGGCAGGAUCACGAAAUCGCCAGCGCUCUUCUAGUCGACACACCGCAAGCCGUGUCGCCCUAGAAAGGCUGGAUCCCUCUUCCCGAGGUCGUAGUACUGACCGUCAUGGCUCUGCUGCUCGUUCGCCAUCUUCGCCCUUGCCAAUGUCAUUGCCAAUGACUCUCCCUGGUCAGGAAGCCUCUCAACAAGAUGGUGUCAAUGAUCCCCUCAGGAUUGUUGCUGGGAACCAGGAGCGACUGCGUUCGCACCACAGAAGCGCAAGCCGUCGUCGUGCAGAAAAAGCAACUCAUUCUAGACGAGAGGCCUCCCCCGAGUCCAGGCACAAGGUGUCUCAUAGUGUACCCGAUAUACGCCAGCCUGUUGAGUUUGAGCUCCCAUCUCAGCCCGAGGGUUUUAAACAGUUAAGCAGCAAAGCUUUUGGACAAGAGCAGACUUUAAAUGCUCAAUCCUUUGGGCAGGAGGAGACUUUGAGCCCUUUGGUGUUUGGACAAGAAAGUACCUUGAGUGCUCAAGCUUUUGGACAGGAGACUGCACUUAGCGCCCAGGUCUUUGGACAAGAGAUGAGCAACGAGACACCCACCCAGGAUGUUUUGGGCAGCCAGGUGUAUGGUCAAGAAGACCAGAAAUUUGGACAGGAAGCCGUUUUGAGCGCUAUGGCCUUUGGACAGGAAGCCACCCUGAGCAACAAAGCCUUUGGGCAAGAGAAUGUUCUAAGCAGCAAGACAUUUGAACAAGAUGUCUUCGCCCAUGGCCGCAGUCAAAGUAGGCCAGUCUCAGCUGCUAAUGACAUCCACGAGCAAGUCUCUCCAACAACGCCAUUUGUCACUUUGGCCGAGAAGAAGAGGAGAGAACUAGCCGCUGCUGAGUUGGAAGCCCGUCGAUUGUCUCUUGCACGAAACCCUUCUGCACCCAACAUUCCCUUCCCAGGCGAAUUGCAAUCUGCUCGAUCACCCAUUGAAAGUCCGCCUCCAUUCCAUGGGAAUUCCUACUUCCCCCGAGUUCCAUCUCGAAACCAGAUUCCCCCAGCCAAACGAUCGCCUGAAUAUGGCAGCAGCUCUGAUUCAAGCUCAUCGGGCUCAAGACAGCCCGUCGGACUGCCAGCCACGCCGCGGGCCAUGAGACACCCCAAGUAUGGUGGCGGUCGAGAAGAUCGACCACCUUCUGUUCCCGCCAUCCCAAGCGACCACCAUGGCACCCAAGUCCCAAGUGAUAUCCGUUACCAUAGCGAAGCGGCUGAGAGAAUCGGACGAUCCAUGUCAGUCCCCAUGCCAGAGAACCAGGCAUCCAAAUACAUGAAUCCACCCCCAGUGCCAUCUGAACUACCAAUGCAUCCACACUUCAACCCCAACCUCCCCCGGAGCCGCUCCAGCAGUCGUGCCCGCAACAUGGGCCACCGUCGUACCAGUUCCGGAGGCUACGUCUCUGGUACUUCGCCCCAGGUGACCGUCAGCAUUGAAGAGACAAUCGAAAAUGCAAUGCAAAGACCUUUGGCACCGCAAGACAUGAUUCCUCCACCACCUCCCCCAAUUCUCCCCGAGCUACAGCAUCUCAAUACCCCUCCGCCUCCACCACCGUUCCCAAUCACCGUGGAUCCAACUUCACCCCGACAGUCCUCAGCUACUAUCGAUGUUGCAAUCGAGAACGAAGAUAUGGGUCGUAUGAUUCCUCGUGCGAUGACCGCCGCUCCUACCAUCCAUGUCAGUGUCGGGGGUGACUCUAAGUCGGGUAAACGUACCUCGUACGAGCACCGUCGCAACCGCAGCUCGAAUGAAAGCUUCGCGAACAAGCUGCGCAGUCUCACGCGUAUCCGGGGCACUAGCCGCAGUGUUGAGCCUUGGGGUACAGCAACCGAAUGGGGAUCCAACGCCCUUGAGAAUGAUAUGCCGUAUGAAUUGUUGCACUCGCGGGCUUAUACACCCGGACCGGGCUAUGGGGUCUAA